AUGGCUGAUCAAGCACCGGCCGAUAGUCGUGGACGUGGUGGUUUCGGACGUGGUCGUGGUCGUGGUGGCCGUGGUGGCCGUGGUGCCCGUGGCCGUGGUCGUCAAGAAGAGAAGAACGAGUGGGUUCCCGUUACCAAGCUCGGUCGUCUCGUCAAGGACGGCAAGAUCAAGACCAUCGAGGAAAUCUAUCUCUUCUCUCUUCCCAUCAAGGAAUACCAAGUUGUUGAUUACUUCCUGCCUAAGCUCAAGGACGAGGUCAUGAAGAUCACCCCUGUCCAGAAGCAAACCCGUGCUGGUCAGCGCACCCGUUUCAAGGCUUUCGUCGUUAUCGGCGACGGUAACGGUCACGUUGGUCUUGGUGUCAAGUGCUCCAAGGAAGUUGCCACUGCCAUCCGUGGUGCCAUCAUCCUUGCCAAGCUCGCUGUCAUCCCUGUUCGUCGCGGUUACUGGGGAUCUUCCCUUGGUGAGCCCCACACUGUUCCUUGCAAGCUUACUGGCAAGUGCGGUUCUUCCAUCUCUCGUUUGGUCCCUGCUCCCCGUGGUACCGGUCUCGUUGCUGCUCCUACUCCCAAGAAGGUUCUUCAACUUGCUGGUGUCACCGAUUGCUACACCUCUUCCCGUGGUGCCACCCGCACUCUUGGUAACUUCGUCAAGGCCACCUUCGCUGCCAUUGGCCACAGUUACAGCUUCUUGGACCCCACCAUGUGGACCGAGAACACCUUCGUCAAGGCUCCCUACCACGAGUACACUGACUUCUUGGCUCAAAAGCAAAGAAAGUAA